AGUAACCCAAAUACUGCCACAAACACAUCAGAGUUUAGGACCCAGAGCCUUGUUUUAGGCUUACGGGGUGUGACAGCUGACUCAAAAUCAAUGAAGUGUGAUUUACAGAGCGUCAUAAUGAGGCAAGAUAAGGCUCUGAAAUGUGCUGUCUUGCCUUGCAGACUCAAUUGUCCGCCUUGAUUUCUAGCCAGAUUGUUCUAGUCCCCUACUAAAAUGAGCCGGAUUUGCUUAUGAAAAGGAAAGAUCAGAUUUAAAGGAAAAGCCACGGUGGUGCCCAUGCUUUGCCUAACGCUCUUUGUGCUGUGUCUGACCCAUUCAGAUGUAGCUGCCUUCAGUUCAGGUGCUGAGAAUGAGGAUGCGCUCCUCAAGCACUUAUUUCAAGGCUAUCAGAAAUGGGUCCGUCCCGUGGGGAGCUCCAAUGACACCAUCAAAGUCCUUUUUGGAUUAAAGAUAUCACAGCUUGUGGAUGUGGAUGAGAAGAAUCAGCUGAUGACAACCAAUGUGUGGCUGAAGCAGGAAUGGAUCGACCACAAGCUCUCCUGGAAUCCAGAGGAAUAUGGAGGGAUCACCUCCAUUCGCGUCCCUUCUGAGUCCCUGUGGCUUCCUGACAUUGUUUUGUUUGAAAAUGCUGAUGGACGUUUUGAAGGAUCCCUGAUGACCAAAGCCAUAGUGAAGUACAAUGGAUUGGUGAUCUGGACACCACCAGCCAGUUACAAGAGCUCCUGCACAAUGGAUGUGACCUUCUUCCCCUUCGACAGGCAGAACUGCUCUAUGAAGUUUGGGUCGUGGACAUAUGAUGGCAGCAUGGUGGACUUGAUUUUAGUGGAUGAAAAUGUAGACAGGAAAGACUUCUUUGAUAAUGGGGAGUGGGAGAUCUUAAAUGCCAAAGGUAUGAAAGGCAACAGGAAGGAUGGGCUGUACUCUUAUCCAUUUGUCACUUACUCCUUUGUGCUGAGACGCCUUCCACUGUUUUACACUCUUUUUUUAAUAAUCCCUUGCCUGGGAUUGUCUUUUCUAACUGUCCUGGUGUUUUACCUGCCUUCAGAUGAAGGAGAAAAGCUUUCAUUAUCUACAUCAGUUCUUGUCUCCCUCACUGUUUUCCUUUUAGUGAUUGAGGAAAUAAUCCCUUCUUCUUCCAAAGUCAUCCCUCUGAUCGGUGAGUACCUGCUGUUCAUCAUGAUUUUUGUGACCCUAUCCAUCAUUGUGACUGUGUUUGUUAUCAAUGUCCACCACCGGUCCUCAGCAACUUACCAUCCCAUGGCUCCCUGGGUUAAAAGACUCUUCCUCCAGAAGCUGCCCCGGCUGCUCUGCAUGAAGGACCAUUUAGAUCGUUAUUCCUUCUCAGAGACUGAAGAAAGAGAAACCACCUUGAAAUCAAAGCUCCCGGGGAAGCAGAAACACAAGCAAGCAAAAGACGGAGAGAAAAUUGUUAUUGCCUUUCUGGAAAAGGCAGCUGACUCCAUCCGAUACAUUUCCAGGCACGUUAAAAAGGAGCAUUUCAUCAGACAGGUUGUCCAAGACUGGAAAUUCGUAGCUCAAGUCCUGGAUCAGAUUUUCCUGUGGUUAUUUCUGGUAGUGUCAGUGACGGGUUCAGUUCUUAUCUUUACCCCUGCGUUACAGAUGUGGCUGAACCGCACUUUGUAGAAAAUGCUCACACAGCAGCGUAUAACAAGCACAAUACCAAGGGAUGGUGGGGCCUUUUGAGCUUGGUCUCUAUUGUACAGGAUGGGAAGCAACAGCAAGAACAAGGGAAGGUGAUGGUAACAGUGGGCAUUAACUAGUGCUUUCUAUUUUCAUACAACCCUACCAGUUACAGAUUUGGCUGAGACCAGAGAAAGGCUUGGUGCACAGCUGAGUCCUAAAGUGAACUGGGAUGCACAGUUGGGUUAUAAGUAUUUUACUAAUAGUUUGGUUUAUUACAAUAAAAGCAAAUAUUAUUAGUAAAAAUUGCAAAUAGUACUUCUGGCACAAUUAUACUUAAAAGGCAGAUCUGCCAGUUAAAAUGCUACUUUAUAAAAGAAGUUAGAGUAGGAACACAAAUCAGUACUCAGUUUAUCUACUUUUCCAAGUGCAAAACACAACAUCCGUACAGCUCGCUUUGUGCAUGUGUCAGAACUGGCAAUUACACAGCAUGUGGAUCGGAAAAAGUGCAAACACCUUUUAGAUGGAAUGUUCAAAAUCUUGGCUUUGUGGCCUCACCCUGCUGCAGGAUCAACUCAACAGUGGCAGAACUUAACCACUCUGCGUACUUGCUACCAGCCUUUAUGGCAUGCACACUUCAUCUCUCCUCUUGGCCAUCAGGAAGCUACAAGGUGUUGCCCUCUUUUCAGAGAUACAAUUUUGCCUGCUGCUCUAUAAUAUACCAAAAGGCUGAACAAGUAAGGAUUUUCCCCAUGCUCUGCAUUUAGGAACUGUGAUUGCUGCACCUGCUUGUUCACAGGACAAGUGGAAGAUCACCUGAAGCACGUCACAUGUAGAAAGGUCGCUGCACUACUUUAUAAGGCAAUAGUGAACUUCCUAAACAGUUCAGUUGCAGAGAAGUUGCAGACAACGUUUUCAGCAAACGAAACUUGUGGUUGGUGCAGAAGUAGAGCUUCUCCUGAGAGCUGUGGGGUGGGCUGGCUACCAGGACAAUACGUUUUUGGGGUUUAGCUUGUUUGUGUUUCCAGGCAACCCAGAGUUUCCUGUGAAUCAUUUAAAUGGGAUCCCUCUGCAUGAUUAGAAACAGUUCUUUAAAGUGUAAGUGAGACCUGACAGAAAAUGCACAGGUUUCUCUCACCACUUCUGCUGUGGCAGUGUUCAGGCCAACAUGGAGUGCUUUAGAAAAUCCCAUUCAGAACUUGCAAAAGUUUUCAAGGCUAGCAAGGGAUAUGGAGAUCAAAUUUUCAACAAUCUAAAUGUGAAUCUGGUGUUAAAGUUUUAGGUAGCCUUGAAACUUUCCUAGGGGUGGAGGUUAGAAGGUAUUAAAAAUACACACAGGUAUUCUGGUGCAUGGAUUACGUGUUGCCACCAGACCUCUGUGAGUUAAUACAAUCCCAUCUUGUCAUGUCACUACAGAAAGUUCUGUUCACUU